CAUCGCUGGACUCUUCGCUGGGAUCAGUCGUAGCAGUCAUGAACUGGCCCACCUCCACUGAAUACGUCGUCGCCCUUCCGCCCACUCAUUGCUCCUUACCCCAGCUCGCCUAUGCUGUCCGCGCGGCCGCGAGAGAUAAGGGGAAAGCCCCUGCCAACAGCCAGCAGCAUCUUCCCACUCCUGAUUCCUUCCACGUUCAUACAACCACCAUUCAAGCCAGUAUCUCCCGUCCCGAUCAGACGAUUGACUAUUACAACCGCGCACCAGAGCCCAAUCCUGCUUAUGGAAUAUAUCAAGACAUAUGCCGCACUCUCGUGCAGAUCAGCGAUGCUUCUGAGCCUGUCACCAUUGCCGCCCCUUCCAACCUGGUACUUCGCAGACCAUGGGUCGCUGAACCCAGAAAAUCAUAUAAUGGUCGCGCUGCUGCCGGACCUGCUCCUGUAGGCGUAAGAGUGCACCUCCCGCAUACUGCUAGAUCGGAGACAUUCCUAAAAAUCGACAGCCUCCCACACUCUUCUCCUCAAGAGUGGAUGCCUUCGGCUACGGGGUGGGACAUGAAGCACUGGAUUCAUGCUGCCAUCGCCUUGGACCCUCACAAAGACCACCAACCCUCCAGAAAGGGCGCGUAUCGCGGAGAGACGCAAAAGAUUCACCUGAGAAGCAGCGCCAAGGUGUGCUGGUUCCCAGGGGAAGAUUCUGGGGCAACCCCCGACAUUCAAAUCAUCAUCACAAUUCAGGCAUAUCUUGAUAUGGCAGUGAUAGCUGCCCCUCUUCCCGACACGGCAAAAGACAUGAUGGGUCUUAUCUUGCACUCUGUAAUCCCAUCGCGUACCUCAACAGCGCCAACUACCGAGCUGGAGGACCGCGCCGCCGGUCUUCGCGAUUUCUACGCUUGUCUCCGGCCUGCACCAGAGUUCCCGCAUUGGUUAGAGGCAAGCGCCCUCCAACCGAAAGAAAUGGUCUCAAAGCUUUUGCCGUUUCAGACGCGGACUGUCAAGAUGUUGAUGGAGCGCGAAGGGGCUGGUCGCGUGGAGGAAGACGCCGGGAUGAAACAUGACCCGAAAGGCUUCUGGCAAGAACUCCAAUGGGAUGAUGAGGGACGCCUCUUUGCGUACAGGAGGGCCACAGGCGACAUUAUACUUGUUUCUGCGAAUCGCGACAAGGGCAAAGAAAGAGGUCACGGCAACGGUAGGGCCCCAUUGAGCCCAGAAUUGCCUUGUCUUAUCGAUCUUUCACAUGUCAACGGGUCAAUGUUAUGUGAAGAGAUGGGUCUCGGCAAGACUGUAGAAACAAUUGCUCUCGUUGCCCUACAUCGUCAUCCGUUGUCCACGCCCCGUCUUGACAUCACGCCAUCUAUUUGGCCCGCAGCCAAUGACAGCGUCUCAACAAUCGACCUCUCGAAAGGCGUCCCUGGUUUAGACGAUCCUGUCGCAAGAAAUUGGGUGGAAGCAGAAAAAGCCGCAUUUGCGGGACGCAAAGCUUGGGAUGCGCAGGCACAGUUGAACGUCUCUGAGGUAGCUGCGACUCUGAUCGUUACACCACCUUCUCUACUCAAACAAUGGGUGGCCGAGAUCAGACGACACGCCCCCACACUUCGAGUCUGUGUUUACGAUGGAUGGCAAUCACUGCAAAGAGGGGUGGAGAAACAGCGCGAUGCUCAGAAGAGGAUACGAGCAAAGAAAGAGACGGAACGCAAGCGUAAAGCGCAGGAACAGAGCAGGAACAACACUCGGAACAAGUAUGCAAAGACCUCGAAUGGACAGGCCGUCAAGUCUGAGCAUCAUGAGGAGAAGGCGGAAGUAGAUGACCAGGAGGAGGAAGACGGAACGCCAGAGACGAUUCUCGAUAUCACGCAAAGCCAGUUCUUGGAACAUGUUCGGAGCCAUGACAUUGUGAUAACGACUUAUCAAGAUUUGUCAUCUGAUCUUAAAGUUGCUCUACCGGCACCCGCAAGAAGCAGAAGAUCAAAGGCGAAUUACAGGCUCAGUGACCGCCCGCGGAGCCCUUUGGUCAUGGUCGAAUGGUGGAGGGUCAUCAUGGACGAAGUACAGCUGCAAGGCGAUUCCGAUUCUGCCGCUAUGGUCUCAGUGAUUCCGCGUAAACUCUCACUCGCUGUAUCUGGAACACCUGCCCGAGGAGACAUAAAAGAUCUCAUGGGUUCUUUGAAAUUCCUACGCGUCCCGGUUUUCCCAUACGACAACCGCCUCUGGCACCGCAUCCUACAGCCCUCCUUCCGUCCCGCAUUCGAAGGACUCUUUCAAAGCCUAGCUAUAAGGACUACCAAAAAAGAAGUCUCAGGCGAGUUUGACCUCCCUCAUCAAUCGCGAUUCAUUGUCCCCAUCGAGCUGUCUGAAAUCGAGAUGCACUACUAUACCGAUACUCUGGAACGUGCCAGAGAACGUCUGCACCUCCCAGCCGACCCUAGCGAAGCGCGACCUCAAGAUUGGGUCCUAGACCGCGCAGUGUUUCUGCAAGUUUUUAGAACGCUCAGGCAGAUCUGUACGCACAUCCAGGUGGGACAGAUGCAAGCUGGGGGAGGCCAGGCGUCGCGGGGAGAUCAGAGAAGGAGAUUAGGAAGGACGUUGAUGACAAUGAAGGAGGCGUUGGAGAAAAUGAGAGAAGACCAUGAACAGGAGACCCUUGUGGAGGCGCGCCAGCAGAUGCGGAUGAUUAUUCGCCAGGCGCAGCUUAUCAUACUAGACGAGCAAAACGAUUUGCGACAUUUACAAGCUCUUGCCUUAUAUGACCGAGUGCGCCAUUCAAUCGACCGAUAUAUGGAGUCGGUCCAACAGGAACUCAAUAAGCUGCUUGGGGGCCGAGGGGAGGGCGAGGUUUCCGACAAUGAAUAUGACGUUGGCGAUCUAUCAGACAGACUCUCCCAGCAGGAAAAGGCAAAGCGAACGGCUAUCAUGUGGAAUCAAACUGCUCUUCGAGAGUUGGCGAUUAUCAAACAUCAAGCCCUUUUUUUUAGCGGCGAUGCUUACCACGUACAGCACGAAGAAGAAAAAGAAGUUUCUGCCUAUGCCCAAGCCGAUGCGAUCCGGAAGGAUGUCCUUAAGAUACCUCUGGCUGCCGCAAAUAUGGCUUUGCAAUCCUUGAGAAGGACCGUGACCCGCUCACCCGCUGUCAAAACACUGGACGAUCUGCAAAUAUCUGAUGUCAAAAGAAAAGGCGGUAUCCAGACCUACGAUGUCUUUGCUCAAGCCAACGAGCUUUUGAAGAUUAUGAAUGACAAUGCGCUAUUGGUCUUCAAUUGGCGCGACAAGAUAUAUGAGCUGCUAAUUUCACCCGUCGAGGGCGAGAAACCCGAAGCUCGUGAAGGCGCUGGAGCUCAAGACAUCGAGGAUCCGGAAGAGGAGUACUAUGCGGAGGCCUUAAAGGCGCAAGGAGAGGUCGAGGCUUAUCUGAUUGCAUAUGCGGCGGCUCUAGCAGAUCGCAAAGAGUUCAUGUUUGAAAGUCGAAGCCUUCUCGCAAGUCACGACGCUCGAGUCACUAAGCAGCGAAGCACGAAUGCGGCAAUGAAUGCUCUAGACAGUGUUGAAAUUCCUGCGGUUGUCGAUGACGACAUUGAAGCGCAAGCCAGCAUCCUCAUGGCUGAGAGAGAAGCUUUCCGCAACGCCCGUUUGGAGAGAGGCUGCGAUCGGCCUCUGAAAGCUCUUUUGAUGGAGCUUAACGCUGUGAUCCACGGCCCUCACAGGCAAGAAGAGAUCGACAUUGCCAAGGCCAUGGCGGCUGUGCUCAAACACUACUUGACUCGUCAAGGGGACAAUCUUGAAAAGUUGGAUAAAGAACUGGAUCUGUUCAGGCAGGCUUUCAAUCGACGUGUAAAGUACUUUGCAUCUUUGCAGGAACUGUCAGAUUCUGUUGCGGUCCCUGAUUUCAAGGAUCUCGGGCGGGACAUUGAAGCUGCCGCCCAAGAGGUCAAUGAACUUGAAGUCAAAUUGGCAAAGAUGGCUGUCAAAGGCAGAUAUUUACAGUACCUCGGCACCAAAGAACAUGACGAAAAUGAUUUGAAAGAGGACUGUAUCAUUUGUUUCGGUAGCUCUGACUGUCAAGAGGCGGUAUUGUUGACGUGUGGUCAUUACUUUUGCCAGUCUUGUUUCAAGGAAUACAGAGCCACGCCUGGCGGGAGAAAGUGUCCAUCGUGCCGAGUCGCUAUCAAUGACAAGGAAAUCCAACGUAUCAAGCUAAAUCAUGGGCGCCCCGAGUCAGCUGAAGGCUUGGGGGAGACUCCGGCCCUGACAUCGACAGAGUCACAACCACAAAAGGGCCCUGAGAAUCCAGAUAUAUUUCCGGAGGAGGCCGAGAGACUUAGUAGGAUCGCUGAUCUAGAAAAGCUGAGAAUGUUGGAAGACGAUCGUAGAAGGGCCAUCAUGUUGAUGGACAUGAUGGGAGAGUACGGCAGCAAAAUCAACUUCCUAGUCAAACACCUACUCUAUUACAAGUCUAAAGAACCUCGAUCUCGCCACGUCAUCUUCUCCAAUUGGUCUGACUCCCUUAACAUCGUGAUGGCCGCUCUGAAGAUCAACGGCAUUUCCUUUUUAGGAUUUGACCACGGCAGAAAGCAAAAGGACAUUGUCGAAAGGUUCCUCAAUGACGAAUCCAUCACUGUUUUCUUACUUCAUGCUGAGAGGGAAAGCUCAGGCCUGACUCUCACCAGCUGUCGAGUGGUUCAUCUGCUCGAACCCGUUCUGAGGCAUUCAUACGAGUUGCAAGCUAUUGGAAGAGUCGACAGGCUGGGACAAGACAAGGAGACUUCCGUGUUCUGUUAUGCCACGAUGGAUACUGUAGAAUCCCGAAUCCUUUCUCAGGGUGUUCGCAAUGGCACGUCUAUCUACUUGGCGAGCGACGAUGCCGAUGACGUUGUAGCAGAGAUGCCCAAUGUAGCAAGCGCUGCGCAUAAAGGCGGCGAUGUGACGGCAGGAGGCAGUGAAGAGGAAAUGUUGGGUUUGAUUUUGUAGGCGUACUUCUGUAAUGCGAUAGCGCUUUGAAAGUGCAACAUUUCAUAGUAAAAAUGCUGGUUUCAGGUCAAAAGAUGCA